CGUGGGCAACGACCGGAUCCUCAUGAGGCGGUUCAACUCGCUGCAGCCAUUCAAUUCUCUGGAUUUCGCAGUGUAAUAGCUUCUAUGUGGUUCAUCGACGACGAUGUCUGGUCAGAUAGUUUGAAUUUUUAUGACAAUUUGGUUGAUGUUUCAGGAAGAUUGGACUAG